UCCCGUUAAAAACAGUUGUCUGAAUCCACACAACACAACUGAUCGUCUGUUACAGACGACCAAGCGUAGCGUUAUAUCGAAUACUAUCGAUAACUUUAGAUACUUAACUGACCAACUGUAACGAACAAUUCUGAAAUAAUUAUCGAAAAAGAAAAAUAAUACUAUAAAAACUGAUAGUAAUUAAGAGUUUGUCAAAACCCAAUUUAAUCGGUUUUAAAAAGUUUGCCAUUUUAUGGUUCACGGCUCAACGAACAACUUUAGGACAGAGUGAAGCAUUUUGUGUUUGGUUUUACAGUUUUAACGUGUUUUUUUUUAUUUAAAUUUAAAUUACCCGUGGCAAAUAUAAAAUUAAAAACAAUUGGUAUAUGAAUUAUGGAUGAUGGCAAUUGUGAUGAACUCAAGAAUAAGGGUAAAAAUCCACAACAAAGCUCAAACUUUUUGUCAAAUUUAUUUUUUUGUUGGGGUUUAAAAGUAUUUUACAAGGGAUGGAACAAAGUACUAAAUGAAGACGACUUAUACAAGCCCCUUGAAGAACAUGAGUCUCAUUACCUCGGAGAUCAGCUCGAAGCGUUUUGGAAGUUAGAAAAACUAGAACACUCACACCCAUGCCUCAUACGUCCGAUUUGGAAACUAUUCAAAAAGGAUAUCCUCAUUCACGCCUGUUGUACUUUUGUUUUAGAAUUUUGUAUAAAGUUAUCACAGCCUUUACUCUUAAAGAAGCUUAUAGAAUAUUACGAACCAAACCAGACGUCAGUAACUCUCACAGAAGCAUACAUAUACUCCCUGUUUAUAGUUUUGUGUUCACUUUUUUACGUAAUUUUCUGUCAUUCAUUCCAUCUUUCACUGCAACACCUUGGAAUGAAAAUCAGAAUAGCUUGUUGUUCGUUGAUUUACAGAAAAAGUUUGAAAUUAAGCAAAAAAGCUUUAGUGAACACAACGAUCGGUCAGAUGAUAAACCUGCUGUCUAAUGAUGUUAACAGGUUUGACAAUCUUUUUAGAUAUUGGCAUUUUCUUUGGGUUGGUCCGUUGGAAAGCAUAGUUGUGAUGUAUUUGAUUUUUGAGGUAGCUGGAUAUGCCGGGCUAGCUGGAUUCUUAAUUAUGCUUCUAUUUAUUCCCUUUCAAAUGGUGAUGGGAAAGCUAACAACGCAAUUCAGGCAGAAAACAGCUGGUAAAACAGAUGAAAGGGUUUUACUCAUGAGUGAAGUCAUUUGUGGGAUACAAGUGAUCAAGAUGUAUACUUGGGAAAAAUCUUUUUCCAAACUGAUCGAACAUAUAAGGAAUUCAGAAAUAAAACAAAUUCGCCUUACUUCCUACAUUCGAGCUCUUCAUAUGUCUUUCAGCAAAUUUAUAACAAGAGCAGCAGUAUUUUUAUGUAUUAUAACUUAUACUUUCACUGGAAAAAGACUUAAUGCUGGGUACGUUUACGUUAUCUCUCCGUUCUAUAACAUUUUAAAAUCAGCAGUCAGUAAUGACUUUCCUCAAGCUAUAAUUCAAACUGCGGAAGCCUUGGUAUCUAUAGCUAGAAUAGAAGAGUUUCUUCAGUUUGAUGAGGUUUAUUAUGAGCCUAUACGAGAACCAUACCAAGCUAAGAAGAUAACAUCUGGUACAUCGCUUAUACAUAGUUCUAAAAAAAAGAAAUCUGUAGGUGUGUAUUUAGAAAACGUCUCAGCUAAAUGGAUUGAUACACAAGAAGAAAACACUUUGAUGAAUAUAAAUUUUAACGUUGGUCCUCAACAACUGGUAGCUAUAGUAGGAGCAGUGGGAUCUGGUAAAACAUCUCUUCUCCAAACCAUCAUGAAAGAGCUACCACUCAGCCAAGGCAACAAAGAUACUGUUGGUAAAAUCUCCUAUGCUUCACAAGAGCCAUGGUUGUUUGCCAGUACCAUCAAACAAAAUAUUUUAUUUGGUGAACCAUGGGAUCCCAAAAAGUAUGAGCGAGUUAUCAAAGUCUGUGCUUUGGAACGAGAUCUGUCAUUAUUAGCUCAUGGAGAUAAGAGUAUGGUUGGUGAUCGUGGAGUUGCUCUUAGUGGAGGCCAAAGGGCUAGAGUCAAUUUGGCAAGGGCUGUCUAUAAGGAUGCAGAUAUUUAUAUAUUAGAUGAUCCGCUUUCAGCCGUCGAUACUCACGUAGGUAAACAAAUAUUUGAGGACUGUAUUUGCAGUUAUUUGCGAGGAAAAUGCACUGUUCUUGUUACCCAUCAACUGCAAUAUUUAAAAAACGUACACAAAAUAUACCUACUAGAACGUGGAAAGAUCGUCGUAAGUGGAACAUUCAAAGAAAUAUCGGAAUCCAACACCGACUUCGCGCGACUACUCGUCAGCAACGUUGAAGAAGAGGAAAGUGAUACGAUAGAUGAAGAAUCGUCAGAAAUAGAAUAUUUUGAAAAUAUGUCCGAUGAGAAGCCCACAGAAAUUACUGAGGAAACUGUAGUCGUAAAAUUGACAUCUAGAGCCUAUUCUGGGUACUUGAAAUAUGCAGGUGGUUGGUUUUAUGGAUUUUGGGUGCUCAUGCUGUUUGUGCUGACUCAGUUCUUGGCUAGCGGAUCGGACUAUUUUGUAAAUUUCUGGGUAAAUAGAGAACAAGAAACCUUUCAAGAAGAAGAAGGAAAUAAAACAUUACUUCUAGGAUACUCAGAUGACGUUUAUAUGGAAGAAAACUACAAUUAUGUUUGGAAAUAUUCUCUAGGACAUCUGACACCUAUACAGCCUGAUUUCUUCAAUAGUGAUAGAUGCAUUAUAAUAUACAGCUGUAUUAUUUUAUCUGUGAUCACUGUAACAGUUAUGAGGUCUUUAUGUUUCUAUAAAAUGUGUAUGAACGCAUCUGUAAAACUGCACAAUACUAUGUUGCAUAAGAUUUGUAAUGGUACUAUGUUCUUCUUCAACACAAACCCUUCUGGCAGAAUACUCAACAGAUUUUCGAAAGAUAUGGGAUGUAUAGAUGAAACAAUGCCCAACGUUUUAGUCGACACAAUUCAGAUUGCUCUAAAUGUUCUAGCUGUUAACAUUGUAAUUGGAACUGUCAAUCCUUGGAUUCUGAUAUCAACUCUAGCAAUAGGUUGUCUGUUCUAUUUAUUCAAAGUUGUUUACGUUUCUUCAAGUAGAAAUUUGAAACGUAUGGAAGCAGCAACACGAAGUCCAGUCUUUUCUCACAUACACGCAUCUCUGCAAGGACUUACUACAGUACGAGCUUUUGGAGCUCAAGAAAUCUUAAGAAAUGAAUUCGACAAACAUCAGGAUUUGCACAGCUCAGCGUAUUAUCUAUUUGUGUGCUGCAAUCGAGCCUUCGGCUUCUGGUUAGAUCUUAUUUGCGUUGGCUAUAUUGCAUUGGUUACUUUCAGUUUCUUCAUUUUCGGCAGUGCUUAUGGCGGCAACGUAGGUCUAGCAGUCACCCAAGCCAUAAGUUUAACAGGCAUGUUCCAAUGGGGCAUGCGCCAAUGGAGCGAAUUGGACAACUCGAUGACGUCAGUGGAAAGAGUCCUUGAUUACAUUAAUAUAAAACAAGAAUCUCUUGAGAAACAAAAGGAACCGCCCAAAAAAUGGCCAGAAUAUGGCAUGCUUGAGUUCCAAUCUGUUUAUUUACGGUAUGCCACAAACCUACCGUAUGUUUUGAACAAUCUUACUUUUAAGAUUAAACCUAAGGAGAAGGUUGGAAUUGUAGGAAGAACAGGAGCGGGAAAAUCAACGUUGAUUUCUGCUCUUUUCAGAUUAACAGAUAUUGAAGGAAAGAUAUUGAUUGAUGGAAUCUGUACUAGUGAUAUCCCCUUAAUCAGUAUGCGUUCAAAGAUAGCUAUUAUACCCCAGUCACCUGUAUUAUUUUCUGGUACAGUUCGAUCAAACUUAGAUCCUAUGGAUGAAUACGAUGAUAAAGACCUAUGGCGAGCUCUAGAAGAAGUAGCUCUAAAGGAUGUUGUCUCCGAAAUGGAAAUGGGUUUAGAAAGCAAAAUCGGUGAAGCAGGAUCAAACCUUAGUUUGGGUCAACGUCAACUCGUGUGCUUGGCUAGAGCUAUAGUCAGAAAAAAUAAGAUCCUUGUUUUGGAUGAAGCUACAGCCAAUGUUGAUCCAAAAACAGACGCUUUAAUACAGUCUACUAUACGAAACAAAUUUGCCAAUUGUACCGUUCUAACAAUAGCACACAGAUUGCAUACAGUCAUGGACUCUGAUAAGGUAUUAGUUAUGGAUGCAGGUUCAGCGGUAGAAUUCAAUCAUCCGCACAUUUUGUUGCAAAAUACAGAGGGAAUAUUCUGUAGUUUGGUUAAACAAACUGGAAAAUCGAUGGCUGAGAAUUUAUGUAAAAUUGCCGAAGAGAGUUAUAUGAACCUCCAAAAGUAAAGAUCUGCACACAUUAGUACAGAAGAAAGAAGAGUUCCUUUUUUAAUGUGAUAUGUAUUUAUUUUUUAUUAAAUUUUGUUAUUGUUUUAGAAAAAUAGUGAUAUCUAUUUAUAUAAGGUUAAUGUAUAUAAUAUAUUAUUUUAUUACAA